UAUUAAAAUAAAAGUGAAACUAUAUAAUACACGAUGGGCAAAAGGAAGACAGAGGCGAGGGAAGCGAAGAUUCUUAGAAAGAUAAGGAAACUGGAAGAAAAAUUGUCGAACACACCGGCGAGGAAACGUAUAAUGCGUCUACCUUCUAGUAGUUCGAGUGACGAGAAUAAUAAUGUCAGCCAGACGAAGAAUGACAUAUUAUACCAGGCUUUACCGGAUUCGUUCGACGCUCUUGAUGAUGUCACCGAGCGACGUCCAGACAUCGUGUUAUCAAUGGAGGACAUAACACGGCCUGAGGCGGCUGUUGAGAUACCAGCAGUUUCGCAGAUCGGCGGUGCCGAUUCAGCAGUCUCUGAAAUCGAGGGGAAUAAUGACCUCGAGUUGGAUGGGUCAAUACUUUCAUUGUUAGGUGAUGUUCCCGAACUUGUUACUGAACUCGGACCUCCUAUCCAUAAGGAUAUUGCCACAAGAUGGCAAGACAUUUUGAAAAGAGGGCUUAAAGAGGAUAUCAAAAGAGACUUGGUAAAGUUAUAUCCUAUACCUAAUAAUUUAGAAACACUGGUACCACCAAUUUUAAAUCCUGAAGUAAAAGUAGCACUAGCAGAAAGUUUAGUAAAACGAGACUCUUCUAUUUUUCAUAAACAAAAACAGAUCGGGUUGGCAUUGUCAGCACUUAGUAAAUCUGUCGACUCUAUAAUAAGUGACCCAGCCAAAAAGUUACAUAUCGACACAAAAUCGAUAUUAUUAAGACCUUUAAGUGAUGCUUGUCGCAUUUUAUGUGAUGUAUACCAGCUCGAAACGAAAAGACGAAGAAUGCUUAUUUUAAGUUCGAUAAACCAGAAGAUGAAAGACAUCGUUAUGGAUACAUUACCUGAAAAAUAUCUCUUUGGUGACAACAUGUCGGAGAAGUUAAAGACAGCUCAAGGUAUUAAUAGAUCGGGACAAAUUUUAAAAGUCAUACCGAAGACAAGUUUUUUGAGUAAAAAUGCUACGUCAACUAGAUCAGUCCCAAAGUCUUUAAACCAACGGACCCCAUAUCGGAAAAUAGCAGCACGUUCUUAUAUGGGGAAACAACGACUGCAGGACCGUGCAGCGCCAGCGCCAACUCCAGCGCCAGCUCAGGGCCGCCAGCGGCACUACCGCCGCAGCCCUCCACCUCCUCCGCGGCGUCAGAGACAGCAGCGGUUUUGAGCAUUGACCACGAGACUUCAUCACAAUCUGCACAGCUCGCUAGAAUUGAUUGCCGUGCGAUUGUCAGGAAAACGCUAAUAGAACGACAUCUUUCCUCAAGAUCUGUGGAUAUCAUCUUAUCGUCUUUAGCUGACAGUACCUAUAAGCAAUAUGAUGGAUGUAUUAGGUCUUGGAUAACAUAUUGCGAGAAUAAAGAACUAAGCUAUUGCUCUGCAUCGAUUCCAGAAAUUAUACAUUAUUUAAGUCAGCUUUUUGAUCAGGGAGCAAAGUAUGGGACUAUUAACUCUCAUAAAUCAGCAAUAAGUUUAUUAAUGGGAAAUUCUAUUGAUGAUACCAGAGUUAAGAGAUUUAU